AGAGAAAAUAAAAGAGGUGGUACCUAAAGCCUAAAGCCUAAAGAUAGGAAGAAUCAUCCCAAUUCAACUUCCCUAACUGUCAACGCUCUUCAGCCAAAUGGAGGCAGCUGCCAUGGAGCUUGAAGAUGAUGUUUUCUUUGCAGAUUUGAGCAGACAAAUCUCUCUUCUCAUUAUGGACGACGAAGACGUGGAAACCUCCACCACUCAUUGCUCCUCUGUUUCGCUUCAGGCGUUGGCGUUUUCAGAAGUGAUGCAUUAUCCCAAAAUAGGUGCAUCAUCACAAUUGAAGUAUGAGCAGAUGGGCAGAAGAGAAAGCAAAGGAACUGGAGUGUUCAUCCCUUGUUCAUCAUAUCCCACCAGAAGGAAGAACAAACAACCCAAAUUUUCAUCUUCCUAUAACUACAAAUCUCAAAGGUCAUCCUCCCACAACUCGCCACCGCUGUCCAAUUCCUCGCACAACAAAAACCUUCACACCGACAACUCAACUCCACAUCGUUUUCCUAAUUCUCACUCAAUAAUAAAUUAAAUAUUCUUCUACCAAAAAUUUAAAUCCGCCCCAAACCUACACUCCGGCUAGAUAAAGCAUAUGAGAUGAAGUAAAUCACGGUAACUCAGUGGCGGCUCAUCAGACAUGACCAAAUGUCGGUACGUACAAAGGAUCUACUCACUUUAGGCAUAAAUUAAAUAUUAUAUCAUUGCAUAUCAGAAUAUUUCCAUUAUGUACAAAGGUUUUUUUUUUUUUUUUUUAGAGAGGGAGAGAGGUUCAGUGUAAACUGAAACUGCAUGGCCUCUUUAAUUUGUAAUUGAAGGGUGUGAUUGUGUACAAGCUUGAUAUAUGUAUAUGUUAAAAGCUUCAAUUUCAAUGUUAGAUCUCUUUUUCCCUAU